AUGGCGGCGGCCGCGCUGAGGCGCCCGGCUGAGGCCAGCGUGACCUUUGAGGACGUCGCCGUGCACUUUUCCUGGGAGGAAUGGAGGCUCCUUGACGGGGCUCAGAGACGCCUGUACCUCGACGUGAUGCUGGAGAACUUCGCUCUGACUUCCUCUCUAGGUGGCUGCUGUGGACCAGAGGACGUCGAAGCCCCCUUUGAACAGAAUGUUUCUGUGGGAGUGUCACCAGCCAGCAUCUCCAGGGCAGCUCUGUCUUCCCUGCAGACCCACUUCUGUCAGACUUGUGGUCCAGUCUUGAGAGACAUAAUCCAGUUGGCUGAGCACCAGGGAACACCACACAGCCACAGAGUGUUCAGGUGUGAGGUAUGUAUGAAGCAAUUUAAUUGCAGUGCAAACCUCCGAGCACACCAGAAGCAGCACCUGGGAGAGAAACCCUUGAGAAGCAGUGUGGACGGGGGCUCGCUUGUGAAGAGCUAUAAAUUCCGUGUUUCAGAGAAGCCCUUGACUUGUGAUGGAGUUGAGAAGGACUUCCUGUCUCCCUCGGAACAUCUACAGCAGCAGACCACACAGGCCAGGGAGGAGCCCACCAAAAUCACCCAGAGUGAGGCAACUAUAGAAAAGAAAAAAACUCUUUUGACCUGGGCAGAAUGUAAGAAAGUCUUCAGCCCUAGACCCACACAUGCUCAGGACCGGGACAUCCGCACUGGAAGACAGCGUGUUGUGUGCCCUGAGUGUGGGAAAGCAUUUAGGAAUCAGUUCUCAUUAGUUGUUCACCAGAGAGUUCACACUGGUGAAAGCCUCCAUGUGUGUAGCAAAUGUAGCAUGUCUUUUAGGCGAACCUCAGCCCUUAGUCAUCAUCAAAGAAUUCAUUGUAGGUCAAGACAGUACAAGUGCAGCAAAUGUGGGAAGUCCUUUAACAAAAAAUUUGUCUUCAUUUAUCCCUGGAGAAGUCACACUAAAAAAACAUAUGACUUGUGCCAUGAAUGUGUGCAAUUGUUCAGCCAUAGGUCCAUCUUUAUUAGACAACGGGUGAUCCACUCUGGAGAAAGGCGUUAUGAGUGCAUGCAAUGUGGGAAAGCCUUUAGACGAAAAUUUUACCUCAUUGUACACAUGAGAGUUCACACUGGAGCAAGACCUUAUCAGUGUAGUGAAUGUGGGAAAUGUUUUACCAAUAAUUCAGUACUUAUUUUACACCAGAAAGUACAUACAGGAGAAAGGCCUUUUGAGUGCAUUAAAUGUGGGAAAUCCUUUACCAGUAGUUCAAUAUUUAUUCUGCAUCAGAGAGUACACACAGGAAAAAGGCCUUAUGAGUGCACUGAAUGUUGGAAAUCCUUUAGCCAUGAGUCGUACCUCACUCAACACCGGAUAGUUCAUAGCGGAAGAAGGUCUUAUGAAUGUAGUGAAUGUGGGAAGUCUUUCACGUCUCGACCAGGCCUCCGUUAUCAUGAGAGUGUUCACAGUGGUCCCAGGUCUUAUGAGUGUAGUAAAUGUGGGAAAUCUUUUACUUCUCGUCCCGGCCUUCGUUACCAUCUGAGAGUUCACGCUGGAAGAAAGCCUUAUAAGUGCAGUGAAUGUGAAAAAUCUUAUAGCCAAAGGUCCAACCUCAUCCAACAUCAGAGAGUUCACACAGGUGAAAGGCCUUAUCAGUGCAGUGAAUGUGGGAAAUGUUUUACCUCUAGCUCUGCUUUUCAUUAUCAUAAGAAAGUUCACACUGGAGAAAGGCCUUAUCAGUGCAGUGAAUGUGGGAAAUCUUUUUUAUCUGUUUCUAACCUCAGCAGUCAUCAGAGGGUACACACAGGAGAGAGACCCUAUGAGUGCAGUGAAUGUGAGAAAUCUUUUAUUCAAAGACAUCACCUUCUUUUACACCAGAGAGUUCAUACAGGAGAAAUGCCUUAUCAGUGUAGUGAAUGUGGAAAAUCUUUUUCAGCUGGUUCCAACCUUAGUAAUCAUCAGAGAGUUCACACAGGAGAAAGGCCUUAUGAGUGCAGUGAGUGUGGGAAAUGCUUUAUCCAAAGACACCAUCUUCUUACACACCAUAGAGUUCACACAGGAGAGAGGCCAUAUCAAUGCAAUGAAUGUGGGAAAACAUUUGCAUCUGGUUUCAACCUCAGAAAUCAUCAGAGAGUUCAUACUGGAGAAAAGCCUUAUGAGUGUAGUGAAUGUGGGAAAUCCUUUAUCCAAAAAUGCUACUUUCUUAUACACCUGAGAGUUCACACAGGAGAACGGCCUUAUGAGUGCAGUGUAUGUGGGAUAGCUUUUACCACUAGGAGGAAACUCCGUUAUCAUCAGGGCGUUCACAGUGGACAAGGGCCUCAUGAGUGCCGAGAAUGUGGGAAAUCUUUUACCUCUAGUUAUACCCUCCGUGAUCAUCAGAGAGUUCAUACAAGCCAAAGGCCUUAUGAAUGUACUGAAUGUGGGAAGUCCUUUAGAGCAAAUUCUUACCUCGUUGAACACUGGAGAGUUCACACUGGAGAAAAGCCUUAUCAAUGUACUGAAUGUGGGAAAUCUUUUUCCUCUGGCUCUGGCCUCCGUUAUCAUCACAGUAUUCACACUGGGUUAAGGCCUUAUGAGUGUAGUGAAUGUGGGAAAUCUUUUCCCAAGAGCUCAGCACUCAUUCGACAUCGAAGAACUCACACAGGUGAAAGGCCGUAUGUGUGCAGUGAAUGUGGGAAAUCUUUUAUCCAGAGACACCACCUUCUGGUACACCAGCGAGUUCACACAAGAUAA